AUGGACAGUCACAGAAAGGGUACACCAUGGGGAAAGUUGGUCAAAGUGGAUUCCGAUGAAACUGGAUUAUUACUUUUCAAAAGGGAAUGCACCAUAGGCCGGAAAAAAGGAUGUGAUUUGGUAUUUCCUGCCAAUAAAAAGAUCUCAGCGAAUCACUGCAAGAUUGUACAAGAUGAAAACUCAGGGCAGGUGUGGCUUGAAGACACGAGCACCAAUGGUACGGUGAUCAACAUGUCCAAACUGGUCAAAAAGCAAACUCACAUGCUUCAAAAUGGUGAUGUCCUUUACUUUGUGUACGGGAAAAAUCAGCCUGAAAAAAAUAUCGCUUAUGUUUUCCACGUAAUCCAAACCGAGCAAACCUCUUUGCAAGAUCAUCGCAAUUCCUCAGCCCACAGUCCUGAUGCUCUUGCAUCUUCCGAGAUGACGCUAUCUGUGGAGCCUGUCAUGCUGACAAAAGCGCCACGGGAUCUUAAUCAAGAAGAACCUCAGCCAUCCACCUCUACUUCCCACCUCUGUUUUCAGCUCCCUCUAACAGCAGGAACCCUGUCGGAUGGAACAUGUCUUAACUCUGGUUGCAAAUCUGAAGAUGCGGCCCAUGAACCUGAGGAAACUCUUCCUUCUGAGCCAGAAUGCAAGAAGAGAAAAACCGAGAUGGCAUGCUCAUCCGACACAGAGGUAGUUCCACUAAACUCUGCAUCAACAGGUAUUUUGGCUCAGACACCAGUAGUAGCGACCAAGAGAGAUAAGAUGGAGGAAUCUCUGACAUGUAGCAUUUGCCAGGAUCUCCUAUAUGACUGUGUUAGCUUGCAACCCUGCUUGCACACAUUCUGUGCUGCAUGCUACUCAGGCUGGAUGGUGAUAUCUUCUAUAUGUCCAACGUGCCGCACCUCUGUGGAAAGGAUUCAUAAAAACCACAUCCUCAACAACCUGGUGGAAGCCUACCUCACCGAGCACCCAGAAAAGUCUCGCAGUGAGGAAGACAUGAAGAGCAUGGACAGCCGCAACAAAAUCAAACAGGACAUUUUGCAACCGGUAUCUGAGCAUUUUUCUGACGAGUACAGCUCAGAUAACCUCUCUGACAAUGACAGUGACUCGUCUGUCUUUAGUCUAUUUCCAGGCAAUCAGACGCCGAUUGCUACGGCAUCAAGCUACUGGGUUCCCUUUAUGCCACCUCCGCCUACCGCUUACCAUCAUUCUAUACUUACUUCAAACGUACUAUCUUCAGAUGAAGGCUCUGCCACUGAUGGAGAGCCCUCAAUGUCCGAUGAGUCAGCUCCUUUUGGAUACCGCUGUCAAGCUCAAGGCGCGCAUCUUAUUUGUAACUGCUGCCUCCUAGCAAUGCCGGAUAGACUGGCUGAGUUGAAUAGCCAGCAGCAAUGUGAGCAGUGUCAGCGUCCUUUCUGUCACAUCUACCGUGGUUGCAAGAGGAUUGGCUGUCAAGGCUGCCUGGCUCAAUUCAGUGAGCUUAAUCUGACUGAGAAAUGUCUGGAUGGUGUGCUGAACAACAAUUACUAUGAAUCAGAGAUUCUAAAGAACUACUUGUCUUCCAGAGGCAAGACAUGGAGGGACCUACUCAAGGAGGCUUUCCAAGACUUGCAAGAGGGAAAAUAUUCCCUUUCAGAUUGCCAUAGUAAUGUCUCUGCAAAUACAAUUAUCUGUGUGAGCUGCGGCCUUAUGGUGUUCAAGGAGCUGGCGUACAAGUACAGACAGAAUAUUCCUCCAUCUGAAUUACCAGCUGCUGAAUUAGCUCGUCCCGACUGCUACUGGGGACGAAACUGUCGUACACAAAUAAAGGCCCAUCAUGCAAAGAAAUUCAACCACAUAUGUGAGCAGACCCGCUUCAAAAACUGA